CCCGUAAAAUAAGUCGUCGGUAAAGACUUGUUGGUCCACGACCAUCUUUCUCCCUUUUGUCUUCUUCCUCCGAUGCCAUCCUUCAUAGCCCCCCACAUCGAGGAUCUUUGUAUCCGAUCCAUAAAUCUGAGCUCUCUUCCGUUUUCUCUCCAUCAACAAUGGCGGGCACUCGGAGAAACUCGCUCCUCUUCGUCCUUUUCUCAGCUUCUCUGAUUUCUCUCUGCCUCGCUCGGACUCCGGCGACGGCCGAUCGCAGGAGACUUCGGUUUGGUCGGAACGGAGAGUUCAAGAUUCUUCAGGUGGCGGAUAUGCACUUCGCCAACGGCGCGACGACUCCGUGUCUUGACGUCUUACCCAGCGAAAGACAUGGCUGCUCCGACCUCAACACCACCGUGUUCUUGUCGCGAAUCAUCGCCGUGGAAAAGCCCGAUCUCAUCGUCUUCACCGGUGACAAUAUAUUUGGGUCUGACACUAAGGACCCUGUGAAAUCGAUGAACGCUGCGUUUGCGCCAGCGAUUGCGUCUAAGAGCCCUUGGGUUGCCAUUUUGGGGAACCACGACCAAGAAUCCACCAUGACCCGACGAGGACUCAUGAACCACAUAGUCACACUUCCGUACUCUCUGUCCCGAGUGAACCCACCUGAGGCUUCCCAUUACAUUGACGGGUUCGGUAAUUACAAUCUCCAAGUUGGCGGAGCUGAUGGGUCGAGUUUCCAGAACAAAUCUCUGCUCAAUCUCUACUUUCUCGACAGCGGAGAUUACUCGCACGUACCGUUCUUCGGCGGCUACGACUGGAUCAAACCUUCCCAGCAAUUCUGGUUCGAACUCACCUCCAAACAUCUCGAGAGGGAAUACAUGGAGACGCCAAAUCCUCAGACCGGCCCAGCUCCCGGACUAGCCUUCUUCCACAUUCCCUUACCCGAGUUCCGGCGCUUCAACACGUCCAGCGCCAGUAAGGGGGUGAGACAGGAAGGCACUUACUCAGCCUCGACAAACUCAGGAUUCUUCACGUCGAUUGUCACGAGAGGAGACGUGAAGGCGGUGUUUGUGGGUCACGACCACCUCAACGACUUCUGCGGGAAGCUCGGAGACGUGAACCUGUGCUACGGAGGGGGUUUCGGGUACCACGCCUAUGGGAAGGCCGGGUGGGCGAGAAGGGCGAGAGUGGUGGCUGCCGGCUUGGAAAGAACAAGAAAUGGGAGGUGGGGGAAUGUCCAAUGGAUCAAAACGUGGAAACGUCUCGACGAUCAGCAUCUAUCUGUUGUCGAUUCUCAGCUUCUUUGGAGUAAGAGUGGAAUGAACACAGCAGGUGUUCCUCUUCUCUGAUGAUUCAAGAACAACAAAAAGAAAAUGUAGGGAUCGCUGUGGAAAACACAUUAUCAGAGAUUGUCCUUUUUUUCACUAAACAAAUAAUAAUGAAUGUUUUGCCACUAAUAUA